AUGCAGAAAACCAUACAUCCUCAGUUAAGUCUUAUAAAAGGACUUGCAAACCUUACAUGUCUCCAUGUCCGCUCCAACACAACACUUAGUCCUCAUUCCAAUCAACAACCCAUCAAUCUUUUCUUGUUUUCAGCUCAUCCACCGUUCAUCAUAAGGACAUCUUACAUAAUCAAUGGCUGUCAACAAGAAGAGGAAGAUGAAAUGGCAGCACCGUUUUCGGAGCUGUUUCAAGCCCGACGCCCCGAACCCCGACCAGAAGAAGCCCGUCUUGAAGCAACCUUCGUUUCAGGGGAUUUCGUUGUCGGAUUUCAGCAGUUCCACGCUUUCGGAGGAUCUGUCUAUUUCCCUGGCCGGCUCCAAUCUCCACGUCUUCACGCUUCAGGAGCUGAAGCUCAUAACGCAGAACUUCUCGUCCACCAAUUUUCUCGGUCAAGGCGGGUUCGGGCCUGUUCACAAGGGCUUCAUUGAUGAUAAGAUGAGGCCCGGCUUGAAGGCCCAGCCCGUGGCCGUCAAGCUCUUGGAUUUGGAUGGCGCGCAAGGCCAUAGAGAAUGGCUGACUGAAGUGAUAUUUCUUGGUCAACUGAGACAUAGAAAUUUGGUGAAGUUGAUUGGAUACUGCUGUGAAGAAGAACACAGGCUUCUGGUAUAUGAAUACAUGCCCAGAGGCAGCCUGGAAAAUCAACUCUUUAGAAGGUUUUCUGUUUCACUUCCAUGGUCAACGCGAAUGAAGAUUGCUUUGGGAGCUGCAAAAGGGCUUGCCUUUCUGCACGAAGCUGAAAAACCUGUCAUAUACCGAGAUUUUAAAACUUCCAACAUUUUGCUGGACUCCGAUUACACUGCCAAGCUCUCCGAUUUUGGGCUUGCCAAGAACGGACCAGAAGGAGACAACACGCAUGUUUCCACCCGCAUCAUGGGCACACACGGUUACGCUGCACCCGAAUACAUCAUGACAGGUCAUUUGACAGCAGCGAGCGAUGUGUACAGCUUUGGAGUAGUACUCUUGGAGCUUCUAGCAGGCCGAAAAUCGGUAGACAAAAGCCGGCCUCACAGAGAACAGAACCUGGCAGAGUGGGCGAGGCCAAUGCUGAAGAACCCCCGGAAGCUAAGCCGAGUAAUGGAUCCAAGACUGGAAGGGCAGUACUCCGAAAUAGGGGCUCAGAAGGCGGCAGCAAUAGCCCAUCGAUGCUUAAGCCAUCGUCCCAAACUCAGACCGACGAUGAGCCAAGUGAUCAAAGUCUUGGAGCCCUUGAAGGAUCUUGAUGACAUUCAAACAGGCACGUUUGUGCUUGCAGUUUCCCCAGACGGUGACUCCCACAAGGAACUGAAAGGCCAUAGGAACAGGCCCAAGUGCUCUAGAUCUUCACUUGUUUUCAAUGAAACUGGUCUAGAUUAAAACCUGGGAAAAGUUUGCAUCCAAUGCACCAAGGUUAAUGAGUUACACAAG